GAACUACACACAAAUUAAGAAAGUAAAUUACUCGAUGGAAAACUAUCGACGUUCACAGAAGCCAAAUGAUCGGAGCACCAGGAGCAAAAAGCAGGACGAUAACAGGCUCCGACAGUUGCGACUACUAAUGAUGAAAUUACCGAUGACCGACCAGCUGCUACUCUAUCGCAACCAUGAUAAUAUACAGCUAAUUUGUGAAGGCAUUUGGAGAAACUCCUACAAGCGCUUAGAUUUUCGACAGCUGGGGCGGGAGCUAUGCGGCGAACCUUUGAGCUAUUUUCUCAACAAAAUGAUGGAUAAUUUUCGGUACGUAUAUUUCACAGCAGAUCGCCUGCAGGAUAAUCUAAAUAUGUUAGAGCAUGCCGGAAUCAAGGCACUCAAUAAUGUUCAGCAUUGUGAGCUACUGAUGUCUUCAGAGUCGCUGCCAAAGCGUUCAGACGAGAAUGGUUCUGGGGACGCGGGCUUAGGGCGUGUUAUUGGCAUUGCAGCCGUUCUUGGCGGUUCAACGAUGCCCCAGUGGCCGUUGCAUGCCUUACCGAAAAUGCUGCGCAAUCUGCGUCGUCUGAAGGUGCACUGUGAGGUGCAGGUACAUUUUAUAGAGCAAUUCCCUUUACUGGAGCUUUUGGUGCUUCAUGGCGAUGUGGCCCAAUCAGCAUUAACUGGUAUAUUGGAGCGCUGCAAACAAUUAAAACGACUGUUCAUCAAAUUCAAGAAACUACCAGCGCAUUUGCAGGGCAUCGACAAUUGUUCCCGUCUCCAGGAUCUCUCAUUGCCCAUGACGCUCUUUCAGCAGGCUCGAGAUCAAAUAUUGUCACUGCCACUGCUUCAUUUGCUUGAGCUAACCGGUGGCCAGCAAACGCCCGAGAUGACCAUCGAGUGCUUGCGUCAUGUGAUUGGGGUGAAGUCAAAUGCCAUAGAGAUCAUUCAACUGAAUUGCGCCUGCUUUGAUAGCCCAUUCUGGAUACAGGAAGCUACUUUGGGUCGUUGCCACCGACUGCAGGGUUUGGUGUUGAACAAUUGUUGUUUCGACGAUCGCGAAAUUAACGAUCUUCAUAUUCCACGAGUGGUGAAUUAUCUUGUUUUGAGUGGCUGUCCAGAUCUUAAAGAAUACCAGUUGGUUGACAUUAUCAAAAUAUGCCCCAGACUCUCGGAACUGUACCUCAUCGACUGCCCCCAACUUAGUGGCAAGGUGUUGCAUGAUAUUUAUCGUAUUCGAUGCAGCGAGAAACUCGAUUAUCCAAUAAGUAUUAUCCUUAGCCGUUGCGAUACCGUUGGCAAUGACUAUCAGGAAGCGUACGUCGAUUACUGGUAUUACAAGUUGUCUGUUCUGAAGCUGGAUCGCUUGCUAGAGGAGAAUCGACCCAUCGAGGAGUUACAAAUUUUUUUUUACAAGUCUAGAAACGAACCACUUAAAUAAUUAGUCGACGAUUCAUCUCCCAUUCUUGAGAGAUGUAUUUUGCCCCAAGCAAUAGUAUCUAUAUAUACAUAAAAAUGUCAUUCGAACUGCAUUUGUGAGUGCGGAGCUCCUUCUCCUGAAAAGAGCUGAUUGGAGAGUCAUCCGACAUAACAUAAUUAUUUUUGUUAAUAAUUUCUAAAGAGUUUCUACUUCAGUGAAGUGUACUAAUUCUAUGUUCGAGUAAAAUAGUAUACAUACAUACAUAAUUAUUAUAUAUAUUUUA